GAGUAGCCCCGGCUCAAGCAUGCAGCAGCAGAGAGGUGGGUGCCUUCACCCCUUGUCCUGCUGUCCCUGCCAUGGGACUGGGGACACGGGGCCAGCAGCUCAGCCUGGCUUGUCCUUAACAGCUCCUGCCAGCACCAAGCAGCAGCCCGCUGUCAACAAGGAGCUGCUGAAGAGGGCCAGACAGCAUGUGAAGGAGGCCAUCAAGGAGAAAAAGAUCUUCUCAGUGCAGGGCCCCUACCCUGUGAUGCGCAAACUGCUGCGGGCACGAGGCUGGGUGGAGAAGCUCACCACCACCAUCAAGGAGGACACCUGUCCAUCCUCCAUGGUGAAAGACCACCUGCCAACAUUCAUCUGGACAAACCGCCGCAGUGCCGUACACUACCGGGAGCUCCAGGACCACCAAAUGGUAAACCACUUCACUGGCACUGGAGCCUUCACCACCAAGAAGGGGCUGUGUGUCAACCUCCAAAACCUGCCCUCAUUCUACCAAGCGGAUCCCACCACCUUCUUCCCAAGGUGCUACCAGCUCGGGGAUGAGGAUGAACGUCAAGCCUUCAUCGAGGAUUUCCGCCUGACAGCAGCUCACAGCCUGCUCAAACUGGCUGUGGAGAAGCCUGGCAUCAUGCAAGGGGUGAUGGAGUCACCUGGCAAGGGGGCAGCAGGUCCAGUAUCCCCAUCACCCCCUGAGCUGCUGGAGAAAGCACUGCAGGUCUGCAGGAUGCAGCUGGACAGGCUGGAGCACACAGACAUUGACAGGGACUCCCCACUGCUCCAUAUCACCAACGCCAACUGGGACUGCUUCCUGCACGAGUACUACCGUGUGGUGAAGUGUGUCUGGGGGGAGACGGGGGGAGGCACACAGCUGGAGGCAAGCAUUCCUCAGAUAAAACACUGCAGGGCACUGCUACAGAAGCUGCAGGAGCGGCUGCCCCAGCUCCACAUGGAGGGCGUUCACAAUCUCUGGAUAAUCAAGCCUGGAGCUAUGUCCCGUGGUAGAGGCAUCACCUGCUCGGCACGGCUGGAGGAGAUCCUGGAGCUGCCUGGGAAACCCGCAGCGCCCUCAGCGCAGCCAGGACAAUGGAUAGUACAGAAAUACGUGGAGCGGCCGCUGCUCAUCUUCGGCACCAAGAUUGACCUGCGGCAAUGGAUCCUGGUGACUGACUGGAACCCGCUGACCAUAUGGUUCUACCGGGACAGCUACGUGCGCUUCUGCUCCCAGCCCUUCUCCCUGAGCCACCUACACGCCUCCCGGCACCUCUGCAAUGUGUCCAUCCAGAAGCAGUGGAGGCAGGCUGCAGGCCGUAACCCCAAUCUGCCCUGUGACUUGAUAUGGUCCAGCCACCAGUUGCAGCUUCACCUGCAGCAAGUGGGGCACACGGAGGCCUGGGAGAACGUGAUCGUGCCAGGCAUGAAGGAGGCAGUGGUGGCUACCCUGCACAGCUGCCGGGAACUGGUGAGGGACCGGAAGGACAGCUUUGAGCUCUAUGGGGCCGAUUUCAUCUUCGGGGAGGAUUGCCAGCCGUGGCUGCUAGAGAUCAACGCCAGUCCCACCAUGGCGCCCUGCUCAGCAGUGACCCGACAGCUCUGCGCUGCCGUCCAGCGUGACAUACUGCGUGUGGUCCUGGACCACAGGGAGAACCACAGCUGCUCCACUGGAGCCUUUGAACUCAUCCACAAAGAGCCCAUCGUGCCAGUGCCUCCCUGCCUGGGACUGAAGCUGCUGGUGGAAGGCUACUCGCUAAUGAAGUUCCAGUUGCAAAAACAACAACCCCAGGACAAACUCCCCACCACCCUGCCUCUUGUCUGCCCGGUGGUGCCCAAGUCACUGGUGGUGGCCAAACCACUUAUGAACACCAAAUCAUCUGUGGUGCCCAUGUCUCCCGUGGUACCCAGGCCUCCUGUGGUGGCCAAACUACUUAUGGACAAGCAACCCAUGGUCACUAAUCGGUCUAUAGUGCCCAAGCCUCCUGCAGUGCCCAUGCCUCCAGUGGUCUCCAAACCACUUACGGACGCCAAGCCUCCCAUGGUGCUGAAGACUCCUGAGGUGCCCAGGCCUCCAGUGGUGGCCAAACCUCUUAUGGACACCAAGCCUACUGUGGUGCCCAGCCCUCCGGUGGUGCCUAAGCCACUUACGGUCACCAAGCCUCCUAUGGUCACCAUGCCCCCUAUAGAGCCCAGGUCUCCUACAGUGUCAAGGCCUCCUGUGAUGUCCAAGUGGGGCACAACCACUCAGCUCCCACCCCCUGGAGAAGCACAGGUCAAGGUGGUUCCUCUGACGCAAUUGCACUUCUGCCUCUCCUCCGCCUCUGCCCCCCAGGCACCACCACAGCCAAACCCCCUGCUCCAGUGGCGUCAGGCCACUCUGAGCAAGCCUGGGGCUACUGUCCUGACAGGGAACCCGCACAAGCGGCCGCAGUCCCACCAACAACCCUGCCUGCAUGUCCUGGGCAGCAGAGCCGUGCUGCAGCCGAGGGACACGAAGCAGCACCUGGGAGCAGGCAGAAACGCUGCAACAAAAAGGCCAUGA